CUGCUCAGUCAGUGUUCAGGAUCCACAGCAGCCUCACCCGUCAGCAGAUCACACUUUGGCUGAGUUUAGGCUGCAGAAAAGAACCUUUGUUGACUCUCUGGAUUACAUCCUUAGUCCUGGUUACAGAGGGACUUUUUCUUGAUAUUCUACUGAAGCAAACAGUGGAGCCGUCAGAUUAGCAGAAGGACCCACCAGCCAACAGAUGAGCUUUCAGUGAACAAGGGAGCCUUCGUUUAAAACAGUUGAAUGGGGCAGUUUACCUGUCGCUGGCGUAACGUGUUCAUCUGUGUGUGCACACCAUGUCUCCUCAUGCUGCUGCUGUUCUUCUACGCUGGGAUUGUGCUGUGCAUGAGGAUGACUGGUGUAAAAGCACCAUGGACCCCAGAAAAUCCUCAGUUUGUGGCCCCGGGAACUUUAAAAAAUAAGGGUUUCGCCCCACUUGCUCGAGUUUUCUGGAGGAACGACCUUCACAAAGAAGCCUUUUGGAACCAGCUCCAGCUGCCUGUCGACCGCCAUUUCAACCCCAUCCUGCACCCCAAUGCGACCAAGAGAGGAUUAAGAAACAGCAGGUUUGAAUCCAUGGUAAGACGGAGCUUCUCUGAAGCUAAAAAACAGGAAGACAUGAGGCAAACCUUUCACAAUCUUCCACAUCACAUUCAGAGGUUUGUGAACCACAUGCUAAGGAGGAGCUACCCAAUCAUCCUCCAACCGGACAGACAAUGUGGAGCACAGGGACAGAAUGAGAAAAAACCUCCACUGCUUCUGUUUGCAAUCAAGACAGCAGAGUUAAACUUUAAGAACCGCCAGGCCAUUCGACAGAGCUGGGGGAAGGCAGGAUGGGUGGCAGGACAGAAGAGAAACAGCAGCGUUGGAGAAGAAGUUGGAGGUUACGUCCGGAGGGUGUUCCUGCUCGGCAAAGAAAACCCAAAUGAUUUCGGUGUGAAUAUAUCAGAGUUACUGAAGAUGGAGAGUAAACGCUAUGGAGACAUUCUGCAGUGGGACUUUGAAGACACAUUUUUUAACCUCACCUUGAAGGAUGUGCUCUUCUGGAGGUGGUUCUCACACUUGCACUGUCGGUCUGUUUUCGUCUUUAAGGGAGAUGACGACAUCUUUGUCAACACCCCAAGACUGAUAACUUACCUCUGGGACCAACUAGAGACUCUACAAGCAAACAAGACCUUAAAAGACUUCAUGGUUGGAGAAGUCAUAGAAGCAGCCACACCCGACCGAGCUGACAAAUCCAAGUACUUCAUCCCAGAGAGUUUCUACAGUGGUUCCUAUCCGAGGUAUCCAGGCGGAGGAGGAGUUGUAUACUCAGGUCUGCUGGCCCAGCGCCUGAACCUCAUGUCCAGAAGAGUUCACCUUUACCCCAUUGAUGAUGUAUAUGUCGGGAUGUGCAUGACCCGGCUGAAUGCCUUCCCUGUCCACCACCCUGCCUUCCUCACAUUUGACUUUCCUGGAAAGGAAGAGAAACAGCCAUGUUCCUACCACAAAAUCCUGCUGGUCCACAAACGAAGCCCCGAGCAGAUAGUUAGACUGUGGGCUGACCUGAAACAGACACAGACACAAUGUAAGGACGUACCUCUGAGGGUUGAUGUUAAGAUAAAGGACAAAAAUCUACCAAACCCGUAAGACUCUUACAGGUCAUUUAUGGCAAGUUUUGUUUAUUGAAGUGUUGCUAACCUACAGUCUGAACUUUCUGUCAGAGUUAUGAUGGUGACAACUGGUAUUUAUUGACUUCUGGCGUCUGUAUGCAGUAGUUGUAUUUAUAUUUACCAAAUAAUGUGAAAAGUUGUGAUCUAUCAGCAACAAUAUGUGAAGGUCCAGUGUGUAGAGUUUAGCAGCGUUUAGCAGUGAGGUUGCAGAUUGCAGCCAACCGAAUACCCCUUGUCUGAGACUUCCCUUUUCAUUUGUGUAGAAGAGACUACAGUCUGCUAAAAACGUUUUUUAAAAAACAUGAAAGGCCAUCUCUAGCAGUAGUAGGUGGUUUGUCUGUUCCAUAGUCUGUAUAUAGAAGAUGGGCGUAUGCACCGAGACACCACCUAUUGAUCCAUGGACCACAGUGCUGAAAUCUCAAGUUUGGAAUUUUGCCGUUGCCAUCUCAUUUAGAUUUUGUUUAAACCAGACUUGAAGUGUGAAGUGUGGUUUUAGCUGAGAACUCAUAUGGUAGCAACUUUCAAUCACAAGGUAGCCCUGCUCUAAAACAUGCCCUAGUUUAUCAUCUGUUUCACUAUAAACAGUUGCAUGAAAUACAAAAUUAACACCAUGCUGUGUUGAAAGAAGCUAGAAACGCGGAAUUGAGGCCAUGAAGUCAAGGGGAAAAUGUUUAGUGAUGUAACAAGUCAAGUGAGAAGUUGGACUAUUUUUCUAUUCAUUUAUAUGCAAUCUGACUUCUUUCUACAACCAGAGGAGUCGCCCCCUGCUGGCUCUUAAGAAGAAUGCAGGUUUAAGGCACUUAGCUUCACUUUUCAGACCUGAGGGCUGUACUAUGAAGCAAGUUAGACAUACCCGGCCUUUCUUUGUGUAAGGCUCAUUAAAAACUAAAGCCUCAGUCAGAGUUAACAGGUGUCAUGAAGGGGGUUAUCAGCUUUGUCUGGUAGCUCAGGCUUUCGGCCUCAAACUCUGUGUGCGAUCACAUAAAAAUAGGCGUUUAAUGUGUCAUGUGACGCUUCUUCCACACAAAAUGAACUGAUCGUGUGCAGCUUCUUCCAUCCACAUGUUAUUUAGACGGUAAAAAGUAAAAAGUGCUGCUAUUGCAAAUGAUGCAAGACAGGAAUGCUGGUAAAAACACGUUACUUUAAUUAUUUUACCAUCAAUCCAGCUGCUUAUUUCUACCAGACAGCUGCGAUUUAGAGCUGUUAAACUAUAAACUUCAGAUAUUCAAACAUGAUAUUGUUCUGAAGUGCAUUUAGGUCUGACACUGUCCCAUAGUGCAGGAUAUAACUGUUAUUUUUGGCCAAAUAAAAGUGAAAUUAAUGCUACUGAUUGAAUAUUCUUUGUAAUAAAUACUAAAAAACUAAUCAAAUAUCUAAUCAGUGUUCUACGAGCUGCAGUACCAGGAAAGUAAAUGGACUUCACAGCAAAUCAGGAUCAAACAUGUAAACAUGUUUAUACGAUUUCUGCAUCACCAGCUAGAUACAUGUGGGGUUCCCAUGGCAACGCGAUGCAUACAGUAUGUGAUACUGUAACUACACGGUUUCAUUCAGUGGUUUUAGUAACGUACAGCUCAAGAUGUUUACAGAUAAAAUAUAUCUCAGCUGAUAAUCUGCACCGCUCAUAAAUAAUCAGCAGGAAAUGCUUUGGUUAAAGAGAGAAUCUUUGUCAGCUGAUUUAAAUAAACCUAAACUCUGAACAUAGCCUGCUCCAAACCAGGUUAGCUCCACAGCAUCAGUUACCAUGGAGAUCUAGCCAGAUAAAAAGAGACCACUGAAAUCUGUGACGUCUGGCUCAACAUACCUGCUAACCCACUAAUGUAGCUCCAUAGUACCGCCCUCUGGAGGCUUCAUUUAUCUUUUAUAUCCAGUCAAUGGUCCAUCUGGGUAACCAUAGAAACAUGGCAGCGUAACAUUCCUAAAAAGAUUCUUUUGUUCAGGGGAUUAUACACUAAAGAAAACACAUUUAUGAAUAUUAUAGUCCAUUUCUGCAAAAAAGGCCCCAAAAUCCUACACAGUGGACCUUUAAUAAUAAUGUGCAGGAUUACAUGAGUUUCUGCUACAGACAUACAGACAUCGCACGACUAUUUUUAAAUUUUUGUAUUACCGUAAGAUCUUUGACUUUCGUUUAAAAUGCGUUUUUUUCUACCUUUCUAGCAGUUUUUGAGAUUGUUUGUUUUUUAUUAAAAACAUCUGUAGAGGCCUGAGACUCUCCUCCAUUACAGUGACAAUGUCUGUCCCUGAACCUAAAGUCAAUGAAUACAUACAAUUGUAUUAUCAUGAAAUUACCUGGUUUUUUUUAUACAUGAAGUUCACUGCAACGUAUCCUCUAAUUUAUCUACAUCUAGGACUGAAAAAAAUUAAAGAUUGGAAGGAGGAUUUUUUUUUUUAAUCUAACACUGCAUAAUGCAACAGAAAACUGUGAUGUGAAGUACAUGUACAAGUACAGUAUUCUCACCCUUGUAUAUACUGUAAAUAUUAUUACUAUUGUUCUAUUAUUAUUUUAUUCUUAUCACUACGUCCACUGUUACAUAAGCUGCUGUAACAAUGUAAAUUUCCCCUGGAGUGGGGAGAAAUAAAGAACUUUAUCUUUAUCUUA